AUGUAAUCAUGCGUAAACACGUCUGUCUGUUCAAGUUUAUUGAAGUAUACAGAUGUCAAAACUGCACAGUUAUUGUGACUGGCGCAAGUAAUUGGAGUUUCAUGCGAGUCAAGUAAACGAGCAAACUUGAUAAUAAGCCCAGACUAUUCGAUCGGUGGUGGUCGUCACGUCAGCAACGAGCAGAGGUCGUCGCAUUACUAAUGUUGAAAAUCAUACGUUUCCGCGACGCUUGGACAAAGUGUCAUUUGACGCGGUUGUAUUCACAGAAAGUGAACAUUGGAGCUAUCGGACCAGAGUUACGGAAAGAAAUAGACAAAAUGCAACGCAUCAGACCAUCGGACCAGCCACCCAAAAUCUGGCAACAAAUAGAGAAGAAGGAUAAGGAUGGGAAGCUGAUGAAGUUCACGAUUCAGGAGAUUCCUGAGGACCGAUAUGAGGAAGCGGUUCAACACAUGUGCACGUAUUUCUUAGCCGAUGAAGUGACUUGUGCUUGUUUAGACGCGAAAAAUGAUCCUUUAUUUGUACAAGACGUAAGUACGAUAUGGCGUUUGUUACUCGCAGAAGGCAUAUCUAUAGCUGCAUUUAUUGAUAAUCCCAAUGGUGGAAAACCUAUAAUCGCGGGUAUGAAUGCUCUGGGUGUGGACGUUAAAGAUCAGAAAGAUAGUAUUUCCGGUUAUCAGUUUACGUCAGAGAAGUGCAAAAAUACAUUCGAAAUCAUAGCGAGUGCGACAAAGGUGGUGUAUGAACGUUAUGGAGUUGACAAAUAUUUAUACGCUAUUGGUCUUAGCGUCGAUCCUGAUUAUCGAGGAUAUGGAUUAGGCAAAGAUAUUCUAAAAAUCAGGGAUCUUAUUGGACCUAUGUAUAAAGUGCCAGCGACAUCUACUGCAUUUACAUCGAUAAUUUCGCAGAAAUCAGCAGCGGGUGCGGGAUUUGAAGAGUUUCUUACGCAAAAUUACGCCGAUUUAGUCGAUAAGGAUGGAAAAGAAUAUUUCCCCGGUAUUAAGUCCAAAAAUUUUAAAAUUAUGGGUAAAAGAUUGUAAUGUAUACUAGAUUGACGCAAAGUGCAACGGGAGAAAAUAAUUAUAUUUUAAAAUAACAUUUUUAUAACUUUAUUUUCUGUAAAAAAAAUAAUCCAUUCAUUUAUUGUCUUAUUGUUCAUUUUAAAAAGUAUACUUAAAUACUAUAUAUCUUUUUUUUAUAAAAAUGAUAUGCAAAAAAUGCAUAUUUGCAGAAAUAAGUAAAUAACUCUUAGUAUUAUAAGAAUUCAACAGAAAGAAGGAGCUUUAAUAAAUAUAUAAAUAACAUUUUUAUAUAUUUAUUAAUAUAUAUAUAUAAAUAACGGUUUAUUAAAACUAAAUAAAACCAAUUUUUUGCUUAGAGAUUUACUUAAUUUUAUAAUUUGAAUUUUACAAUUUCUAUCGUAAACUGCACCAAAUUUCUUAAUGUUGUCAUGCAUGUAUGUAUUGAAAUAAAUGACAGUAAAGUGCAUCUUUUCGGUACAUUAUUAUCGGCUUUUUCUAAAUGUAGAAGCAAACUUAAUUUCCAUUUCGAUCAACAUGUAAUCUCUAAUCGCAAAAUUGUUUUAACAUUUGUUUAAUUUAUUUUACAAAAUGUUUGCAUGAUAAAUUAAACAAAUAAGAUAAGAUAUGGUGCUAUGU